GCCGUUGGGGCGCGACGCCGGUGGCCGUGGGAGAGCCGGCGGCCGCAGCGCAGGGUCAGAGCCGCAGGGCCAACCUAACAGAGCUAAGGCCCGGGGCCCACCAUGUCCUCUUACGAUAAUACGGAACCUGAAGGGGGCGCCUCGGGGCGUCCCGGGCGCAGCGCACCCACAAAGAAUCCAUCCAAACGCUCAGCGUCGUCCAUACGCUCGGUGCAACCAGGACCCAAAGGGAAAACCGCAGGCCCCAAGAAGGCCCCAGGCCAGAAGCCAGAUGAACCAGUGGCCCCGAGCAAACCGGAGCUGGAUGCCAUCAGCGAAUCGGAGAAGGAGGCGAUCCAAAAGCGCGCGGAGGGCCGGACCAAAGUCCCACCCAAAUUCAGGGACAGCAUCAAGCGUUUUUUCUUCUCACCCACGGGAGCGUUGAAGAUCGUGAGGCUGGGUCUUCUCAUCGCAGCAUUAACUUGCUUCAUCAUCGCGGAAGCCCAAGAGUCAUACAUAGCAAUCACAGUUCUGGAAAUCUUCAUCGUUAUUUUAUUUAUUCUAAUAUAUAUGCUAACCCUUCACCACUUGAUGACUUAUAUACACUGGCCCUUACUUGAUCUUAUCAACAGUUUCAUUACAACUGUGUUCCUUUUAAUAGUUGCCAUCUUGACAAUACAAGAAAAGGAAAGGAGGCAUUUAUUCUAUGUCGGAGGGGCCCUGUCUCUCGCGGCGGCAAUCGUGUGUCUCGUGGAUGCGACCCUGGUCACCAAGAUGGUGAGGAAAGCCAUGAAAAAAGCCCUGGGCCUGGAAGGCGAAGCCAAGGCCUCCCCAGCGGGGGAAGAAUCCCACCAGCCGCCCAAACCCGAGUCUGAGAAGAUGCUCAGCCCUGCGCCCUCGGAGCCACCCACCGUGGGACCCGCGCUGGCAAAGGAGGCCGAUCCCGCGCCCUGAGCUCACACGCCGUCACCCGUGUCGGCCCACACACGUGAUCAUAAAGUCAGGGCCGCUGAGCCGGGAACGCU